AACCUUUCAAAGCUAGCUUCAAUUAUAUAGAUUCUAUACUUUAUAUAUAUCCACACCUCUACCAUAUAUAUAUAACCCACCACCUUUCUCAAAUUUCAAAAAGACAUAUCUUCCUUAGAUUUCCCUCUCCCUAGCUCUACCUCUUAAUUAUUUCUUUCCUUAGCUAACAUACAAAUAAUAAUGGGUCUUAGAGAUGUCGGUGCUUCACUUCCACCUGGGUUUCGGUUUUAUCCAAGUGAUGAAGAGUUGGUUCUUCAUUACCUUUAUAAAAAGAUCACAAAUGAGGAUGUUCUCAAAGGUACCUUGGAGGAAAUUGACUUGCAUACAUGCGAGCCAUGGCAACUUCCUGAGGUUGCUAAGCUCAACGCAACUGAAUGGUACUUCUUCAGCUUUCGUGACCGUAAAUAUGCAACUGGCUUUAGAACCAAUAGAGCUACGACAUCUGGCUAUUGGAAAGCGACAGGGAAAGAUCGAACGGUGUUUGAUCCAAUGAGUGGUGAGGUUGUAGGAAUGAGGAAAACAUUGGUGUUCUAUAGGAAUAGAGCUCCAAAUGGAAUAAAAACAGGUUGGAUCAUGCAUGAGUUUAGGUUGGAGACCCCACAUAUGCCACCUAAGGAAGACUGGGUUUUGUGUAGAGUAUUUCAUAAAGGCAAAACAGAAAAUAGUACCAAAUUAAGCCCACAAGACAUGUAUGAAACAAUAGCACCAUCAUUAACCAACCAAACCAUGCCAAUUGGUUAUAACCAAUUUGCUUCUUUCUCAUCCUCAAUGACAACCCAUCAUUGUCAUUCAAAUGAGAACCAAAAUAAUUCUUUGAUGAAUCUACGUCAAUUUUCUAAAGAUGCAAAUACCAAUUGUAGUAGUGUAACUCAAAUUAGUCCUAAAUGUGAUGAUGGAUAUGGAUUUUUGUGGGACAUGGAUUUAGAAGAUCAUCAUGAUGGUGUCUCCUCAUCAAACUUAGAAGGAAUGAGAUUCGAAGUUGAUAAUAAUAAUUGCAUGGUCUUGCUAUAAAAAGUGUGAUAAUGUAUUAAUGUGUACAUAUUAAUGUAUAUGGUUCUUAUAGUUACGGAAAUUUGUGGUUUUGUGAUUUAAUUAUUUAGUGUUUGGCUUCAAAUAGUAUGCCACGUGCUUGAUUGGGAUUACUUAGCAUGUGCCAUGAUCAUAGGUUUUUUUUUUUUCAAGUGUUUAGUGUGAUUAGUUAGGCUUUCAUUUAUCUAUUUGGAAGGGGUUAUAUACAUUGAUUAGCAUUUGUAGUGGGAAUAUAAUAUUUAUUAUUAUUUAUUAUUUGUGAUGUACA